AUGCAUUGGUUCCACUACUACGUUGUCCACUACCCACUAGACCUCAAAAGGAAUGAAAAAAAGUGCGCCGGUGAGUGGUUAACGGAGGAUGAGGUGACAGCCGGCAAUUUGGUGCGUUCGGAAUCAGCUACCAACCACAAAGGCUGCCCUGUAAUAAAACACAUCUCAAACAGAGCCUUUGUGGCGGCGACCACAUAUCCGACAAGUUGCCGCCGCCCUUCACGGCUAUCGCAAACAAUCGCGCAAGGCGCCAAAUUGGACACCGGUGCCGCUACCGUAUCACUGGCCGACGAUGAGCAAACGCGCGCAAAGGAUAAUGGCGUGAAUAUCGCAGCGGAUGCGAAGCAAACUCUUAAUAACUUCUUUAUCAAGUGA